UGAGUGUAUUAUAUAUUCUCUAGUAUCCCGAGAUAGAAUUUAAGUUGGGGUACAGUAUCUUAUGGUUAGAAGCACCCGCAAUCUAGUAUAUUUUACACUCAAGCAGUGAGAUAAUUUAUUAUCAAACCCCAUCCUAAUAUGGCUCCAGCCACGGUCACAAUUGCCAACGGAGCAACAUGGCAAGACGUAGCAGCCGAUCGCCAACGACACAGGGACGCGACAAUCGCAGAGGUCAGCCCCCCGGUGCCGGAAGUGAGCCAGCAAGACAUCCCUCUUAAUACUACGGGAAUUCCGAAGAAACUUCUGACGGAGCAGGAAAUCGAAAUUACCAACAUAGAUGCCGAAAAUCUUGUCAAAAAGAUAACCUCGGGCGAAUGGAGUUCGACAACAGUGACCAAUGCUUUCUUGCGACGCGCCGGCCUAGCACAGAAACUGACUAACUGUAUUACGGAACUAUUGCCCAAACGAGCUUUGUCCAGAGCUGCCGAGUUGGACCAGUACCUGGCUACUAACAAGAAAACUUUUGGCCCGCUCCAUGGCAUUCCUAUCAGUGUUAAGGAGCAUAUCGCUAUUAAGGGUGAAGACCUGAAUGCCGGAUUCGUGAGCUGGGUAGGCCGAGUUGCCGAGGAGGACGCGUUGAUCGUUCAGUGUCUGGAGAGCGCCGGGGCGGUAAUCUUUGCGAGAACGACUGAGCCGCAGACUUUGAUGCAGAUUGAGACGGACAGUAAUCUAUACGGUAUCACCGUGAAUCCUUACAACAGAACCUUGAGCGCCGGCGGUUCAUCCGGUGGAGAAGGCGCACUAAUCGGGCUUCGAGGCUCGAUCCUCGGAAUCGGAACGGACAUCGGCGGGUCUAUCCGCGUUCCCGCAGCUAGCAACGGGCUCUUCGGCUUCAAGCCUACUACCCUGCGAUUACCAACCGACGGCUGGUCAGCUGCCAUGGCAGGCGCUGAGUCUAUCAUUGGAACUACCGGUCCUAUCUCAACCAGCCUCGAGGGUCUUCGGGUUUUCACCAAGUCCAUUAUCGACCAGCAACCCUGGCUGAAGCAACCGAGCCUGGUCGGCUUGGACUGGAGAGACUCGGCGCAGUAUUAUCCGGAUCGGAAACUUAGGGUGGGCGUCAUUUAUAACGACGGUGUUGUAAGGCCACAUCCACCGGUCCUCAGGGCGCUAAAUGAGUUUGUGGGAAAGUUGCAGAAGAGCCCGGAUAUUGAGGUUGUGGAGUGGAAGCCGUGGAAACAUGAUUUGGCAUGGUCUAUCAUUGCAAAGCUCUACUACGCCGACGGAGGCGCCGACGUAAAAACAGCCGUCGACUCAUCUGGCGAGCCCUGGCGCCCUUUGGCCAAAUUCAUCCUCCACGAAAACCCGCACGUAACCACCCACACAAUCCCCACGCUCUGGGCCGCCGUAUCCGAGCGCGAUGCUUACCGUACCGCAUACGCGAACUUCUGGAACGCGCACCCCGUUGACCUGAUCCUGUCACCCGCAGGCCCUAGCGUCGCGACCAAGCACGGCACCGGCCGCUACUGGGGGUACACCGCGCAGUGGAAUCUGUUGGAUUACCCGGCCAUUAUAUUUCCUACGACCGAUGCUGUGGGAGAUGCUGCGCGCGAGGGGGAGUACGAGUACCCGGGAGAUUAUCAGCCGCUGAGCGAGAUAGAUGGGUAUGUGCAUGGGCUGUGGAAAGAGCAUGGCGCUGAGGGGUAUAGGGAUGCGCCGAUUUCGCUGCAGCUUAUUGGACGGAAGUAUGACGACGAGAAAUUGUUUAGGGCCACGCAGAUCCUGCUAGAGGAAGCUGGGUUGCCAGCUGCUGUUCCCGCGUAGGGGGGCUGGUAGGUUGAGGGCUGAUCUAUCGCGAGCUUAAUACCGGAUUUUCUUUUUAAAUCUGUAGUGGUUUUGUUUUAUGUUUAUUUAUGGUAUGGUUACUUCAUGAAAUGGCCUACUGAUUCUUAAAGAACUUUGAUUUUGGGCUUUACGAAUGUGUUAGCUCAGAGCCAUAUAUUCGGCCUAACGAACAUCGAUUUUAUAGUCUUUCAGAAUUGAACGGGAAUCCGAUGAAAAAAGGUCACUUAUUUUUGACAUACGGUAGGAUGCUGAGUGUAUAAGGACCAGUUCGACCGGGAACUUCAAGAGCCAUGGAUAA